AUGUCAUCGAACAACGUCGUGGGUAUCACGCUCCUGGAUAAGCUACCUGACCUUUCUUACAAUGCAAGCGACGACAGCUCCAGCUCGCUGCAUACGUACUUCUCUGGGUCUUGGGGCCUUCUGUUCUCUCAUCCGGAUGACUUUACGCCCAUCUGCACCACGGAGUUGGGUGAAGUGGCACGACUGGAAAACGAUGGUGAGUUUGCUCGGCGACACGUCAAGUUGUUGGCGCUCUCAUGCAAUGAUGUGGCUAGUCAUAAGCGAUGGAUCAUUGAUAUCGAGAAAUUUUCAAACGCCAAGGUUAAUUACCCCAUUGUAGCGGAUACGAGCCGUUGCAUUGCGACGCAGCUGGGUAUGCUCUCACAAGAUGACUUGGACCAUGGUGGACUACCGCUUACAGUGCGAACUCUGUUUGUACUGGAUCCGCAAGUCCGUGUACGUUUGAUGCUUACGUAUCCAGCCAGCACAGGUCGUAAUUUUGGGGAGAUCUUGCGAGUGCUGGACUCGCUGCAGCUCACGGAUCGACAAAAAGUGUCAACACCGGCGAACUGGAAGCAAGGCCAGCGUGUAUGUAUCAAUCCUCUAAUAUCGGCGGAGGAAGCUGCUGUUCGCUAUCCAGAUCUGCUUGUUGAACAACUGCCUUCCUGUAAAAGUUAUUUACGCUUCACGAACAAAUAUUAG